AUGUCCCUGGCGGAGCGGCGGCGGGAGGAGGAAGGGGAGCGGGAAGGGGAAGCAGGGGAUGGGGCCGGUGCCGGGGAGGAGGUGGUGCAGAUCCGGCUGGGGGAUAAAUGCUACCCGGUGUGCAAGAGGAAGCUGAUCGAGCAGAGCGACUAUUUCCGAGCGCUCUACCGCUCGGGAAUGAGGGAGGCAGGGCAGGGCCAGGAGGAGCAGCUGCUGCGAGGGGGGCUGAGCGCCCUGGGGCUGGAGCUGGUGCUGGACUUCAUCAACACGUCCUGCCUGGCCCGGCUGGAGCAGGAGGUGGGCGGUGAGAAGGAGCCGCCGCUGCUGGAGGAGCUGGUGGAGGCCGCUUCCUACCUGCAGGUCACGCCCCUGCUGCGGCUGCUGCUGUCGCAGGUACGCCUCGGCAACUGCUUCGAGCUGCACCGCCUGGCGCAGGUGUACGGCCUGCAGGACCUGCACGACGCCUGCUUGGACUUCAUGGCCGCCCACUACCACCAGGUGCUGCGCAGGCCCGACGCCCGCCCGCACCUCCUGCUGCCCUCGGCGCUGCAGCAGCAGCUGCGGGAGCGGCGCAUGAGGGGCACGGCCACCCUCGUGCUGCUCGGGGACUUUAUGGGCGCCUGUCCGCCGGGGCUGCCCGCCGGCUGCCACCCCGCGGGGGACGCGCCCUGGGCCAUGCUCAGGUACGACGAGGAGGCGCAGCGGUGGCUGCCGCUGGCCAAUAAUCUGCCCACCGAUCUGGUGAGCGUCCGCGGCUACGGCUCGGCCACGCUGGACAAUUACCUGUUCAUUGUCGGCGGCUACCGCAUCACCAGCCAGGAGAUCUCUGCCGCGCACUGCUACAACCCGUGCCUCAACGAGUGGAGCCAGCUGGCCUCGAUGAACCAGAAGAGAUCCAACUUCAAGCUCCUGGCUGUCAGUGGAAAGCUCUAUGCCAUCGGUGGCCAAUCCCUUUCCAAUGUGGAGUGCUACAACCCGGAGAAUGACUGGUGGAAUUUUGUGGCAUCCAUGCCAAACCCUCUUGCAGAAUUCUCAGCUUGUGAAUGCAAGGGCAAGAUCUAUGUUAUUGGAGGAUACACUGCACGAGGCAGGAACAUGAGCAUCCUGCAGUAUUGUCCCACUUCUGAUUCCUGGACCAACUUGGAGCUGUGCGACGUGCACAUCCGCAAGCAGCAGAUGUUGUCUGUGGAGGAGACCAUCUACCUGGUGGGAGGCUGCAUCCUCGACCUUGGACCAAACCAGAGAUCCGGCCCCAGCGAGGACCUGCUAACGGUGCAGUCCUACAACACUACCACCAAAGAGUGGCUCUACCUCAAUGAGAACUCAUCCAAAUCUGGCCUUAACUUGACUUGCACUCUCCACAAUGAUGGAGUCUAUAUCUUGAGUAGGAAUAUUACUCUGUCUUCCAGCUUGGAGCAGCGUCUCUUCCUGAAGUAUAACAUCUUCACAGACAGUUGGGAGUCACUGGGGCGUUUCCCAGCCUUUGGACAAAACAUUCUGAUCUGUUCUAUGUAUUUGCCUGAUGGGCGAGAAGUGUAACAGCAUGAGGGUUUUCUUUUCAGUUCAUUAAUCGUUCUUUGAUGAGAUAUUUCUCCCUCUGAAUAAUUCCAUUUUCAGAAUGUAAUGUGGUUGCAUAAUGCAGGCAUAAAAUACUGAUUCUGUUCUCUAAAAAGGUUUCAGAGUCCAAUAUGAAGAGAAAUGCUUCCAGAAACAGUUUUAAGAUGUUAAUUUAAACAUUUUACUGGUUUGGAUUAAAAUUUCACCAGGUAUUGUUUGCAAUUUAAACAUAAAAUAAUUGUGUUGGCAACUGAUACAGAAGUUCCGAAAGCAAAACUCAUCAGUCUGGUUUUAUUUUUCAUCUUAAUAGACAGCAUAGAACAAAACAUAUACAUUUUUAAAGUUGAAACAAUUCAAUAAAGUAAAAAAUUAGUAUAAUCAAAAUCACAACAGGAUUUAUUUCUUUUAAAAUACAGGCAAGCAAUGUUCUGUCAAAUGUGCAGUUUCAAAUUGCUUAUGCUGUCCCCAUUUUAUCUCAUGGCAGCAAGUGAGAUUUUCGAAGAUGCCAGAAAUUGGGGUCCCAUCAAGAAGAACUUCCUCUGGAUUAUUUAUAGUGCAAUGCUUUGCCAGGGACUGGUAGGAAUUGCCUACAGUUGCUAAUUGGAAAGUAGAUGCUCCUUUAAUUGAAGUUGGCAGCAUUUCAAGCUACUAUUAAGAUAGAGGUAAAAAGGCUCUUUAUUCAAAGGGCGGAAUUUCCUAAUUGUCAUAAAGGUUUAAGUUUUAGUUACCUUGUUGUGUUCUGU